UGUUUUCAUCAAUACUUUCAAGAGAUAAAGAUAAUGCACAUCACUUCAUUAGUCUUUCCCAAAUACCGAGUUACACCCAGAAUGAUCACUAUAUUGUGACCCAGAUGCCCCUUCCAAACACAGUGGCUGACUUCUGGCAACUGCUCUACAACUACCAUUCUGAUACAGUGGUGAUGCUCAACGAAAUUGAUAGGAAUGACAAGUCCUGUGCCCUAUACUGGCCUGAAGAGUACGGGUACACAGUGGAGUACGGUCCCCUGAGUAUUGAGCUGUUGUUCUCGUCAGAAGCAGACGCCAACAUAACUGUGACGACAUUCAAGUUGACACACAGGACAAAGGGAGAGGACCGUGCUGUGAAGCUGUUCCAGUUCAACGCGUUGCCGGACUACAAGAGUGUCCCAGUGGGGACGUCCAGUCUGCUGCGGCUCAUUGUUGCAGUGCUGGAGUGGAUGAGACAGAACGGCAAGGGACCUGUCACCGUACACUGCAUGUACGUUCUGGCAUUGGCAGUAGAAGUGUUUGUAGACUCAGGGAUGUGAUUGUAACUGCUUUCAGCAAUUUUUCUUCCUUUUAAUGUCAAAUUAUUUUUACUAAUAAUGAUAAAGUUUAAUGUAUUUAUAUACAAAUGAAGAGUCUUGUUUAACCCUGUAAAGGGGGAGGGGCAUGUCAUUUUCCUCAACUGAGGUUGUUUUUAAAUCAAUCCCCUUGUAGUGAGACUGCUGCUGCUUAUGUGAUUUUUAUAUAUCUUUUUGUUGGUUAUCAUGACUUACAUUCAUCCUAUUAACGGUUUCAAAUUUUAUACUGUUAGUCUGGUAGACUAAAUAAGUUAUUUUUAUGCCCCCGAAGGAGGGCAUAUAGUGAUCGGACGGUCUGUCUGUCUGUCCUUCCAUCACACAUUGCGUUUAGGUUUCGCGUUUAGGUUUCAAAAAAUGCUCAUAACUUUUAUGUCCCUUCACAUAGCAACUUGAUAUUUGGCAUGCAUGUGUAUCUCAUGGAGCUGCAUAUUUUGAGUGGUGAAAGGUCAAGGUCAUCUUUCAAGGUCAAAGGUAAAAAAACAUGUAUCAAAGCGGCGCAACACAUCUCUUGUUGUUAAUAAUUUUAAUGCUUAUUACCUAAAGUAUUUUAAUGUUGAAUGAAUGUAGGUUUACACUAAAUGUCACCGUGUCUCAAUAUUUGAUAAUAAUAAAUGUGGUAUUUAUUUAAAAAAUUCAUUUUCAUGCUCAUAACUUGGUUAAAUUUUGAAACCAGCAUUUUGCUGCCCUGGAAUUGCAAAUUUAAUGUUUUCAUGUGUUAUUUUAUGAGUUUUUAGAUCAACACUUUUUGUCAAUAUGCCUCUACUUUUGUUCAUAAUACAUAUUGUAUUUAUUAAGAAAUUGUAUGUUCCUUCUAAUAAUUUGGUCAGAUUUUAAAACAGCUUCUAGCCUCCCUUUAAUUGCAAAUUGUUUCUACAGUUGAAAUCAUAAUGCACCUUAUAUCAGUUUAAUGAAUUAACAUCUGGUCAUUAUAAUUGCUGCAUGGUGUUGUUGCAUGACUUCACUCAGAGAAAAAAUGUUUUAGAUGCUAUUUAAUAUUAAAAAGUAGAUUUUGUUUGUCAUAAAUUUGCUGUUUAUCAAGAAAUUUCAUUUUCAUGUUUAAAAUUUGGUCAAGUUUUUAAACAGCUUCUUGCCUCCCUUGAAUUGCAAAUAGUUGCUAUUGUUAAAUAUAAUGGUAUACCAGUACAUAAUAUCAUUUUAAUGAAUAAACAUAUGUUCAGUAUA